AUGGAUUCUUUAUUUCACGUCCUGGUUUCUACCUGUCUUGCCUUGACAUUCUCAGAAGGGUUUCUGAUUAUCCAUGUCCAGAAACAGCAGUGUCUUUCAGAAAAGAGAGGAGUCAUUAUGGAAAAGUGCAAUAUGACUGACCUGAACCAGAAGUGGCAGUGGAUGGCAGAUGACAGGCUCCUCCAUGUGAAGUCUGCCCAGUGCCUGAGCAUCUCCACACGCUCUGCUCUGUCGUCUCGCAGCAUCACUGUCGAUUGUCCCCAGGCAGUCAGGUGGAAUUGCCACGAGGAUGGGCUCCUGAAGGUGGCCAACAGCUCCCUUUUCCUCACAAAACAAGGUCAGAAGGUCAUGGCCAAGCGGAGUAAAAAAUACCUUCAUACAUGGAUGCAACUAAAAGCCAGCGAGACGGGAAAACCUGUUUAUGUAAAUCUGUGCUCAAAGCAAGAUCUCCAAGAUGCAGACACUUCUGUGUGGAGUACUAGAACUACAUCCUCCUCUUCAAAUACUGUUACUUCUAGGCCUGAAAAUGUGUUGAAGAGUAGCACAGAGAUGUUCAUCAGAAAUGUGACUGAACACUUCAGUAAAAAUCCAAUUGAAAACCUCUACUUUGACUUGAAAUCUGCAGUAACAGAAAAAGCCUGGAUUCCAACAACCACUCUUCAGUACUCUAGCACUACAGAAGAGGCCGCGCCGGAGCAGGCGGCGGGAUGCAGCGCCAACCUGACGGAGCGGAGCGUCGCCGGGCAGAGCGUUCGGCUGCGCUGGGGCGCCGCGGGCCGCGCCUGCAACUUCAGCGUGAGCGGGCGCUCCGAGGACGGGGAGGCAGCUGGCUGCCAGCCCGCCCCCGCGGGCAACGGCACCUACGGCUGCACCCUGCGGGGCCUGGAGGCCGGAACCUGGUACCACCUGCGCAUCGAGCCGCUCGCCGGCGGCGAGGCUCUCAACAUCUCCCUGCAGACAGAUCCCUUGCCACCAUCUCGUUUGGAAAUUAAUAAGGAAAAAACGACACUCACAAGCUUGCAGGUUCAAUGGGAUCCUUCUUCAGGAAAGGUGGACAUGUAUAACCUAGUAUUACUUGAUCGUGAUAAUAAAAAGAUACAAGAAGUCUCCAUACCAGGAAGAAUUUCAAAAACAGAAAAUACAUUUUCCAGUCUCAUUCCUGGGAAUAAAUACAGCAUUGUCCUCAGUGCUGUUGCUGGAAAUAAGACUACCCCAGAACUUCACAUUAGUGGAUCCACUGUGCCAUCUCCUGUGAAAAAUAUUCAGGUCAGUGUUAAGACAGACACUAUCCACGUUUCGUGGUCUUCUGGCUCUGGACAUGUGGAUCAUUACAGGCUGCUGUUGCUGGAUAAUCAUGUGCCAGUUCAUGAGAUUCACCAGGAAGGCUCCCUUACCUCCUACACCUUUUUAGGACUUACAGCAGGCCACCUGUAUAACCUCUCUAUCAUAACCCAGGCUGCAGGAUUGGAGAGCAGCAGUUUUCAAACAAUCAGGACAGCCCCAGCUGAAGUCUUAGAUUUGAUGGUGACUAACGAUGGCAGUUUAGAUGCUUUAAAAGUUAAGUGGAGAAGACCUUCAGGAAACCUCAAUUUCUAUAAUAUCACUCUGUCUCAUCUUGGAUCAGUUAAAGAAGUCAAAAGUGUGCAGCCACCAGUCACAGAGACACAGUUUGACAAGCUGACUCCAGGACGUCUGUAUCAGGUUACUGCCCGCACAAUCAGUGGUGAGCUGUUCACCGAUCGGAUGGCAACUGGGAGGACAUUUCCCCAGAAAGUUUUGGAGCUGCAGGCGGGUGCUAGUGGCUGGCCGCGGUCUCUGCGAGUGACCUGGGUGCCCCCUGCGGGAGACUGGGAGAGGUACCACCUGCUCCUGUGGAACCGCUCAGCCCUGGUGCUCAACACCACCCUCGGCAAGGACAGCACCGAGUACCUCGUCCGUGAUGUGGGCCUCAUCCCAGGCAGGGAGUACACCGUGGAAGUCAUUGUGGAGAGCGGCGAUUUGCAGAGCAAGACGAGUUGCACGGGAAGAACAGCUCCAGAGCCUGUUCUCCAACUCCGUGUGAAGCACGCUAAUGAAACUUCACUUAGUGUCAUGUGGAUGACCCCUGUUGCAGAAUGGGACAGCUAUGUGGUUUCCCUGGAAGUCAGUGAGCUCCCUAUUGUAAAAAAAGGACUUGCAAAAGAAGCUAAGGAAUUCACUUUCACUGACUUGAUACCUGGAAGGAAAUACACAGCAAUCAUCACUACCAUUAGUGGGACUUUAAGCAACUGGACUUCGGUAGAAGGAAGAACAGUGCCAGCGCAAGUGACAGGUCUGACUGUGUCAAGUCAGGGAUCAACCAACAGCUUGUUCACCAACUGGACAAGAGCACUGGGAGAUGUAGACUCAUACCAAGUGCUACUGAUUCAUGAGAAUGUUGUCAUUAAAAAUGAAACUGUUCCCAGUGAAACUAACAGAUAUCAUUUCUAUGCCCUGAAACCUGGAGGACUCUAUUCAGUUGUUGUCACCACUGUCAGUGGAGGAAUAUCUUCAAGGCAAACAAUUGCAGAGGAAAGAACAGUUCCUUCCAGCGUGACUGGAGUAACAGUAAAUAACUCAGGUCGGAGUGACUACCUCAGUGUUUCUUGGCUGCCAGCUUCUGGAGAUGUAGACAGUUAUUUGGUAACACUCUCUCAUGAUGACAAGAUUGUUCAGACUCUCACCAUUUCCAAAUCAUUCAGUGAAUGCUCCUUCAGCAGCCUUACUCCUGGGACACUUUACGAUGUGAUGAUAACCACCAAGAGUGGAAAGUAUGAAAACUACUCCCUCAGCCAGGAACGAACAGUCCCUUCAAGUGUCCAGGGACUUACUGUCAGCAAUUCAGCCAGAAGUGACUACUUGAAGGUGUCCUGGUUACAUGCAUCUGGAUAUUUUGAUAAUUAUGAAGUGACCAUCAGGAACAACAAUGAUUUCAUCCAAACAAAAAGUGUCCCAAAGGAUGAAAAUGAAUGUGUGUUCACCAGUCUGGUCCCAGGGAGGCAGUACAGUGUCACGGUCAGCACAAGGAGUGGGACAUACGAAACCAGUGAAAGAGUCUAUGGCAGAACAAUGCCAGAGUCAGUGAAGGAACUGACUCUUAGUAACAGAAGCACAGAAGAUCUGCAGGUAACUUGGUCAAAGGCUGAGGGGGAUGUUGAUAAGUAUGAGAUUCAGCUCCUCUUCAAUGAUAUGAAGAUCUUCCCACCCAUUUUCCUUGAGAACACCAUUGAGGAGUAUUGGUUCACAGCUCUGACUCCAGGACGUCUAUACAAGAUUCUUGUUUUGACCAUCAGUGGAGAUGCACAGCGUGCUACUUUCAUAGAAGGCCUGACAAUUCCAAGCAAGGUCCGAAACAUUCAUGUGUCACCUAAUGGCAUGACAAACAGUCUGAAAGUGAGCUGGACCCCUGGAGGUGGAGAUGUUGAUUCCUACACAGUGACUAUAUUUCAACAAAACCAUCAACUUGAUUCUCAGAGUGUCUCCAAACACAUCUCUGAGCACAUGUUUCACAAGUUGGAAGCUGGGGAGCAGUACCGGGUGUUGGUGCAAUCUAACAGUGGCACCUUGCACAACAGCUUAGCUGCUUUUGGGAGAACAAUUCCAGCCUCUGUCCAGGAAUUAUUAGCCCAUCAUGCAUACAGCAGUCAUUCCUUGUUAGUAACCUGGCAGAAAGCUCCUGGUGUAGCCGAAAGAUACGACAUUCUUCUCUUGAGCGAGCAAGGAAUCCUCCUGAGUAACAAAUCAGAGCCAGCUACUGCCAAACAACACAAAUUUGAAGAUUUACUAGCUGGCAAGAAGUAUAAAAUACAAGUUUUGACAGUCAGUGGUGGACUCUUCAGUAAGCGUGCAGAAACUUUUGGCCGAACAGUUCCAGCAGCUGUUACAAAUCUGAAAGUCACAGAGAACACCACUGACCGACUGUCCUUCAGCUGGACCACCUCUCAAGGGGAGCUCGAUUCGUAUGACAUCUUCCUGUACAAUCCAGACAAGUCCCUUCAUGACAGGAUUUCAGGAGAGAAGCAUCUCCAGCAGUGUUCGUUCCAGAACCUGCAUCAAGGCAGGAUGUAUCGAAUGGUCAUUGUUACACACAGUGGAAACCUCACUAAUGAGUCAUCUGUCUAUGGAAGAACAGUACCAGCCCCAGUUGUUGGUCUCAAGGCAUCCAACCGAAACAUGACAGACAGUCUGUGGUUCACUUGGGGUCCAGCAGCAGGAGAUGUUGACUUCUAUGAGCUGAAUCUUUACAACCCAAAUGGGACACAGAAAGAAACUGAGCAAAUGAAAGAUCUGGAAGAGUGGCAUUUCCAGGGGCUUGUUCCUGGCAGAAAGUAUACUUUGGUCGUGGUGACUCACAGUGGUGAGCUGACCAACACAGCAAAUGCUGAAGGAAGAACAGCACCCAGGCCUCCUAACACUGUGUCAUUUACCGAUGUUGCAAACACUUCUUUAUCAAUCACUUGGCUGGGUCCUCCAGACUGGACAGACUAUGAUGAUUUUGAGGUGCAGUGGCUUCCAAAGGAUCCCCUCACAGUAUUCAAUCCCUACAGCAGCAGCAAAUCUAAAGUACGCAUCAUCUAUGGCCUGCGACCAGGGAGGCUCUAUGAGUUCAGAGUCAGAACUGUCAGUGGCGACAGCUGGAAGACAUACAGCCAGUCACAGUCUGCAACUGUGAGAACAAAGCCAGACAAGAUACAAAGCCUUCACUGUCGGCCCCAAACCUCUACUGCCAUCGCGUGUUCCUGGACUCCUCCCGAUUCUGAUUUUGAUGGGUAUAGCGUUGAGUGCAAGAAGAUGGACACCCGUGAAGUGGAAUUUUCUAAAAGGAUAGAAAAAGACAAAUCUCUGCUUAAUAUUAUGACCCUUGUUCCCCACAAGCGAUACCUGGUGUCCAUCAAGGUGCAUUCUGCAGACAUGACGAGUGAAGUGGUUGAAGACAGCACCAUCACAAUGAUUGAUCGUCCUCCUCAGCCACCUCCAGAUGUACGGGUGAACAAAAAAGAGGUGCUGAUUACCAAAUCCUCCAUCAACUUUACUUUCAACUGCAGCUGGUUUAGUGAUACUAAUGGAGCUGUGAAGUACUUUACUGUGGUUGUGAGGGAGGCUGAUGGCAGUGAAGGACCAAAGCCCGAUGAGCAGCACCCGUUACCCUCCUACCUGGAGUACAAACACAAUGAUUCUAUACGCAUCUACCAGACAAAUUAUUUUGCCAGUAGCUGUGCUGAAAACCCUGACAGUGACUAUAAAAGCUUUGACAUUAAGCUUGGAGGAGAAAUGGAAAAUCUGGGAGGAAAGUGUGAUCCAGAUCACCAGAAAUUCUGUGAUGGACCUCUAAAGCCUCGAACUGCGUACAGAAUCAGCAUACGAGCUUUUACUCAGCUUUUCAGUGAAGACCCGAAGGAACUUCCUAAACCGCUCUUUGCAGACACCUUCUUCUCUUUACCGAUCACUACAGAGGCAGAGCCUCUUUUUGGAGUUAUUGAAGGUGUGAGUGCUGGCUUGUUUCUGAUUGUGAUGUUGGUGGCUGUUACUGCUUUAUUUGUCUGCAGACAAAAAGUUGGAAAUGGUCAUGAGAGACCUACAGCGAGGCUGAACAUUCGCAGAGACAGGCCACUGUCAGUCCAUUUGAACUUGGGGCAAAAAGGGUACCGGAAAACUUCCAGUCCGAUCAAAGUCAGUCACUUUGAAGCACACUUCACCAAACUUCAAGCAGACUCCAACUACCUUCUGUCCAAGGAGUAUGAGGACUUGAAAGAUGUGGGUCGAAACCAGACAUGUGAUAUAGCACUUCUGCCAGAGAACAGAGGGAAGAAUCGAUACAAUAAUAUAUUGCCUUAUGAUACAUCAAGAGUGAAGCUUUCCAAUGUGGAUGAUGACCCUUGCUCAGACUACAUUAAUGCAAGCUACAUACCAGGCAAUAAUUUCCGCAGGGAAUACAUAGCAACUCAGGGCCCUUUGCCUGGAACCAAAGAUGAGUUCUGGAAGAUGGCAUGGGAGCAAAAUGUUCACAACAUUGUCAUGGUAACCCAGUGUGUUGAGAAGGGCCGGGUAAAGUGUGAUCAAUACUGGCCCCAUGACCAGGAUUCCUUGUACUAUGGAGACCUGAUUGUUGAGAUGCUGUCUGAAUCGGUGCUCCCAGAGUGGACAAUACGAGAGUUUAAAAUCUGCAGUGAAGAGCAGCUUGACUCAACGAGGCUCAUUCGUCACUUCCACUACACUGUAUGGCCGGAUCAUGGUGUGCCAGAGACCACCCAAUCCCUGAUCCAGUUUGUCAGAACUGUGAGAGAUUAUAUCAACAGGACCCCAGACACAGGACCAAGUAUCGUACACUGCAGUGCUGGUGUUGGCAGGACUGGCACAUUCAUUGCACUGGACCGAAUUCUGCAGCAGCUGGAUUCGAAGGACACUGUUGACAUUUAUGCAGCAGUCCAUGAUCUAAGGCUUCACCGUGUUCACAUGGUUCAGACAGAGUGUCAAUAUGUGUAUCUACAUCAAUGUGUGAGAGAUGUGUUAAGAGCCAGAAAACUUCGCAGUGAACAAGAAAAUCCCUUAUUUCCAAUAUAUGAAAAUGUGAAUCCAGAGUAUCACAGAGGUGUUUCUGAAGGAAAAUACUGCUCAUCCCUCCUGCACAUCCUCUUUGGCACCACACAAACUUCAAAAUUCACAAUUCACCACCCUUAAUGGAAACCAAAGAAGAAGGCAACUAGCAUUAGGGUGGAAGACAUUUUCACAGAGGAAAGUCUAAGAAAAACCACAAAGAAAUGAGCACAUUUUCUGCAGAUGCCUUCUUUUCUCUAUUUCCUUUGCUAGAUGGCUAGAUGAGCAAGCAAGGACAAACAAACAUGGUAACUUUAGAUUGAUUGUUGAUCAGGCUAAUAACUUCUGCACUUAAGGCAUAGUGAAUACUGCUGUUGUGUUACAUGCACUGCAUUUGGUCCUUUCUUUUUUGCAGGGGUAGCUGAGGAACAAGGAUCACCAUGUUAGUUACCAGCAGUACAAUUACACUGUUAACACACACCAAGUGUACCCUGUACAUUACCUCACACUCUCUAUCACCAUGUCAUUUUUUAAUGCUGAGGGAAGUGGAGCUCACUCAAUGCUAUAUGUUCUGAGGGCAAAAGUCUGAUUGUAUGCUCUGUAUGUGUGUUGUUCAUCAUUUUCAGAGACACACAUCAUUCUGCAGUUUAUUUUAUCAUUCUCAGCUCCCCUGUCUGCAGCUACAGAGUUUGUACAUGUCUACCCAAAAUUAUGUCAUAGCAGACAGCUAGUUUCACCUUUUCUCUCAGUUAAUAAUGGACAUUGUUCAGAAGCCUUUUCCUCCUCAUCACUUCAUAACAUGACAGAUGACCUUAAACACUCUGGCACAAUGCUCUUGAGCAGCUUUACAUUUCUGCCCAAGUAGGUCACAUAUGAGAUGUAUACACACAUUAUUGCUCUGGUUCUGCUCUCUAGCCAGUUCUGCUCAUAUGAAACCAGUGUAAAUCCACUGAGAAAAAGUAAAAAAGUAUCUAUGUAGCAUUUUUUAAAUAUACAACACCUACUUAUCAGUAUAAGUAGUUAUAUUUAUUGUGCCUCUAAGCUGAAUAACAGGACUGAUGGGAAAUUGUUAAUGUAACAAGAAUAGAUUUGAGGGAGCUUGUGUGCUGAACGAAGACAGCUCUUAAGGAAAAAGAUGUCUUUUGAAUGUCCUUGAUGAAGUUCAGAAUUCCCUUCUUGAUGUUUCCCAAUAAUAAUGUUAGAAAGCAAGGCUAGUGUUGUUGCUGAUCCAUAAGCUAAGAUUUGCACACUUGGAGCCCAUCCUUUGAAUCUCUGCAUGGUCCACAAAGCUACCUGAGUACUUUCAUGAAAAAGUCAACUGGAAUGCUUGCCUGAAGACAAUACUGUUCCACUUCUGAAGCACUUGCAGGGUUGGGCUUUUAGGUUAAUUCAAAUUUUUGUAUUGAAAGUUAUUUAAUAAUGAAAAAAUUGUAAUAAAUAUUUUUUUUAAAUCUGUGCAAUAAAAUUACAAGAUCCACUAGCGAUUGUAGGGGGAAAAAUAGAUUUUACAUAGCUGGAGUUGAUAAAUGAUAUUUUUUGUUACUAAUGGAACACAAAAGUGGGUGAGAGAAAUAGGCAUACUGUGAAGAUGUCAAAAAGUGCAACUUUAUACAUUUUUCUCUGCUGCUAUAGUUAUUUAGCAAUAAAUAAUGCCUAAAAUGCCAGAAAUAUUAUUUUGUGCCAUAAUAUGCAAUGAAUUUGCUUCCAAUUGUAGAACAGAGAAAAGAAAAUGUGUGAGCUUUAAGUUUAUAUAAUGUAUUGUAUAUGGUUAUUUACACUUUGACUUUGAAAGCACAAAGUUAAACACUAGACAGAUAGGAGUACAUGAGCACUUAGCUGUGCUCCUCAGCCUGGGGUUUAAUAUAUGGGCUAGAGGAAUAAGAACAAUAGCCAUCAAGUCACUCUAUCAGCAUCUCUCUCCAAGGCCACAGAACAGAGAAAUGCAUCUGACACUCAGAGAUACAGCCUACCACAGCCACAGCUUCAUGCCCAAGGAGUGCCUUGGCAGGUGCUUAACAUUGAUUCAGAUUUCUUUCAGUACUUCAGACGUACAGUUAGUGUAAAUAAAAUGCAAUAUAGAAUGACCACCACUCCCUCAUGGCCCUGUCACAGAUGUCUGGGCUCUGGAGCUGUGAGCUCUGGGACCCGGAAUCCCAGGAUGCUGUAACUUUGAAUUGAAAUGGGUGCUCACCCCAGUAUUUGGGCAACUUACUAUAGACCCUGUGCCCCCAACUGUCUCCCUCAUGCUGACAAAAUCAAACUCCUGACCUGUUGGGAGCGCCUCUGUGGCCUAAGCAAACUGGUUUGUUGUCAGUGACCUCACAGAUCAACAGCUGGUUCAAACUGGGACUUUUUUGUUUUAAGGCUUGCAGAAAAUACUGGAGACUAGGGACCAGCUAAUUGAGAAAAAACUGUGGAACUGGAACACACACAGUGUCAGCAAUGCUGGUAGUCCAAUAUCCAUGACAGUUUAGUUGUUUCUUGGUUUUUUGGAAGCUAGAGAAAUACUGUAAGUAACGAUAGGACGCUAAAUAUAUAUUGCUCUAGAGCAGGGCAGUACACUAUAGUGAAAACCCCACAGUUUUGAAAUUUGGCUAGCCAUAAAUUCUUUUCCAGUGCUUGGAUUAAAGGGUCUGGAAAACAUCUUCAGUAUUUAUUCCAUGCUCAUAUGCAAUAUAAUUACUUAUAAUUGUGUUUCUAACAAACACUGGGUGAACACAGAAUUGUGCUACUAUUGUCAAUUUAAUUUAUGCAUUUAAGUAUAUUUUUAUAUUUUUAGCUACAGUCAACAAAUCAAAUAUAUUUGAGUGUAUUUUACACAUUUUUAGAAAUACUUCAUGAAUAAAACAUCCAUUUUAAAAAAAAUCA